UUUAAUCCAUGCAGGAGGAGGAGGAGGAUGAGGAGGAGGCGCUGUCAAGACGCUGCCUGCAUCCAGGAGGGAGCUGAACAGCACCGGGGGGGUUUCUGCACUCUAAAUAAAGGCGUUUCUGGCUCCUGCUGUCACUUAGUUUUUUCUUUUUUCUGGCCAAACUCGACGGGCGGGUAGAAAAAUGAGCGGCUGGCCGCUCCCUGGCUGCUGCCCGCUGACCUGCCAGGACGUGAAGGUGUUAGCUGGCUAACUAGCUCAAAGAGAGGACCUAAAUCCGAUUAGCCGCUAACGGCAGCUUCCUCCGGGGGAACACGCAGGUACUCCUCGCCCAGACUGACCCACGGUCCAGCUCGGACGGUCCUGCUCUGGAUGCAUUUGCUCUUUUCAGUUCGCGACAUUUCUCUGCCGUCGCGCCAGAGCCGCCGCCGCCGCCGCCGCCGCCGCUCCGAGCGUCAAUAGUUCGCCGGCGUUAGAACUGCGAGCUAGUCUGGUUAUUAGUUGGCGACAGCGAUAAAGAAGGGGAGCCCGGCGGGGGUGGUGGCUUUUCUGGCUCCGACGCAGUCUCGGGAGCGGUACCGCUGACCCAACCGGAAGUCGGGACUUAUGCGCUAGCUUUCCCAGGCGGACAGCUGGACCCAGAAGCGGGGAGAACCUCUCCUGAAGUCAGCCUCCAGCCGAAGCAGAGAUGUCAGGGAAGGAGAAAGACAAGGAGAAGCAGUCCACCACUGAGCGGCUUGUUAAAGCUGUGCCGUACCCCCCGCAGCACAAGCUAACGGUGAAAGAGCUGUUCGAAGACGGAAAGCCCAAUGCUGAGCUGCUCCGCAACCACCUGGUCAAAGAGGGCAGGGUGGAGGAGGACGUGGCCCUGAAGAUCAUCAACGACGGGGCCAACAUACUGCGCCAGGAGAAGUGCAUGCUGGAGGUUGAGGCGCCCAUAACAGUAUGCGGUGAUGUCCACGGCCAAUUCUUCGACCUUAUGAAGCUGUUUGAAGUGGGGGGACCACCCAGUAACACGAGGUACCUCUUCCUUGGGGACUACGUGGACCGAGGUUACUUCAGCAUUGAGUGUGUCCUCUACCUCUGGUCGCUUAAGAUCAACCACCCCACAACGCUCUUCCUCCUGCGCGGGAACCACGAGUGCCGGCACCUCACGGAGUACUUCACCUUCAAACAGGAAUGUAAAAUUAAAUACUCUGAGCGGGUGUAUGACGCCUGCAUGGAAGCCUUCGACUGCCUGCCCCUCGCUGCCCUGCUGAACCAACAGUUCCUGUGUGUCCACGGGGGGCUCUCACCAGAAAUCAACUGCUUAGAUGACAUUAGAAAAUUAGACAGAUUUAAAGAGCCGCCAGCAUUUGGGCCAAUGUGCGACCUGAUUUGGGCCGACCCUGGCGAGGACUACGGCAGCGAAAAGACAUCCGAACACUUCAAUCACAACUCUGUCAGAGGCUGCUCGUACUUUUUCAGUUACGCAGCAGUUUGUGACUUUUUGGUAAAUAAUAACUUGUUGUCAGUAAUAAGAGCCCAUGAAGCACAGGAUGCAGGGUAUAGGAUGUACAGAAAAAGCCAGACCACGGGCUUCCCUUCAUUAAUAACUAUCUUCUCAGCUCCGAAUUAUUUAGACGUCUACAACAACAAAGCUGCAGUAUUAAAGUACGAGAACAAUGUGAUGAAUAUCCGACAGUUCAACUGCUCCCCCCACCCCUACUGGUUGCCCAACUUCAUGGAUGUCUUCACGUGGAGUUUGCCUUUUGUCGGAGAGAAAGUGACUGAGAUGCUGGUGAAUGUGUUGAAUAUUUGCUCCGAUGAUGAGCUCAUGUCAGAAGGAGACGACCUGUAUGAAGGUGGCACAUCGGCGAUGCGCAAGGAGGUCAUCCGGAACAAGAUCCGUGCCGUGGGGAAAAUGGCCCGAGUCUUCUCAGUUCUGCGGGAGGAAAGUGAAAGCGUGCUAACGCUGAAAGGCCUCACCCCGACUGGAACCCUUCCAGUGGGAGUGUUGUCAGGGGGGAAGCAGACUUUGCAGACUGCUACCAUUGAAGCAACUAAAGCAAAAGCCAUUCAAGGCUUCUCUCCCACGAGGAAGAUUCGCAACUUCGAGGAGGCGCGAGGCCUGGACAGGAUAAACGAGAGGAUGCCGCCGCGCAAAGACAGCCAACAGCCAGACGGGACCGCCAUCAACGCCAACGCCCCCAACAAGAACGGCACCGACGGAUAAGCAGCGGGGGACGCGCCCCUCCCGAAUCGUCACGCGACCCAUACCACCCGACUCCCAGCUCCCCAAACAUGCUCUCCGUGUGUCUCCGUCCAACCGUCUGUCCGUCAGCCUCCUCUGCUGAAACCGCCCGUCCACCGUCGGCCGGGCGGAGCACAGAGACAGAACCUCAGUGGAUAAAAGCCGAUGGAGGCCACAGCGCCGGGAACACCUUCCAACAAAAAGAAACAAACAAAAACAAGACCUACCGAUUGAUGAUGAGACUGCUGGGGGUGGGAUCUCAGCUUAUUUAUUAAAGAUUAAAUAUAUUAGAUUUAUUUAAUAGCAGCUAAUGAUUAAAGACAUUUUACAGUUGUGUAAAUGUAAACUGACACUGAAAUUGUAUCGGACGGAUCCUUAAAGAAAGGAGAUGUUUGUGAAUUGAUUCAAGAUGAAGGAGCCCUUGUUAUGUAGGAGUUUCAGCCACGUUAAAUUAGCCGGAGUUUUUUUAAUAUUCUGUUUGUUCAAUAAGGGAAAAGUCCAAAUACUGUAGCCUGAAAAGCCUCAUUGGACUCUGAGGUUUCAGUCCCUACAGUACAGUGUUUACAUGUUGUGAGUCAUUUGAAAGAUGAAUAAUAUGAGGACAGAUCACCUUGAUCUACCCUGACUGGUUACCGAUCAGUCACAAACUCAAAGGUUCUGACCUUUUUCAGAUGGGUGAACGCACCAUACCUACAUGGUCCUAACAAUGACACUCUCUGAAGUGGAAGUUGUUACACAGUUAGGAAGAGUGACAGUUUUCAGAAGUGCAAAUGUCAUUUUAAACGAGACUCUUUUUGACAACAUGUAGACGUGUCUGCUGCUUAUCCAGGCUGUAGGAGAGCGAGGCUUUCAGCAGAUAACGGGAAGGCUGAAUGAUUUUCAGCAAACUGGCUGCUUUAUCCUUAUGUAAUGAAGACUGCUAUGGGAAGGCUCUACAGCUUACAAAAAUGCACACAGUUCUCACCGCUGUAACUGCACUAAUCAGCAAUCUGAGACGCUUUAAAUCUUUAACCCAGUACACAACUCUGCAUUGUUUUAAAUCAUUAGAAAAACCCUAACUCCUAACAUCACAUCUGCUCACAAUCUGCUUACAAACAUAAACGAUCAGAAACUGGUCGCAGAUUGGUGCACCUGUAGGGGGGGUAUAGGGCGGGAAAAUAACACAAGAAUAAGGGUUGAAAGGUCAGUCAGAUGAAUGUAAUUUUAAUUUCAAUGAUCAUUUAAUGCUUGAAUAAGAGGCAACUUCUUAUUUAUCCUCUUCCCAAAGAUGUGGCACUGGUUUCUGUGCGUGCCCACAUAAACAGGUUCAGGUAUGGCAGUGUAGGAAUGGCUUUGAUGUGAAGGACGUGAUGUAAAGAUAAAAUGAGGUACUGCUACUUUGUGUGCAGUCACAGCUGCCGUUUGGUACGUGCUAUGGUCCCUUGAUGGCAGCUAGGAAGCAUCAUGAGUCGUCGCUACCGGAGCCGCCAGUAUUGCCCCACCCUGGCAGGAAACUGUUCUUCCUCUUCCUGCUCUGGGUAAACCGUCGGCUAGAAGACUUGAAGACCAAGUGGCGGUUUAAGACAACCGGUUUUUGUAAAAAGGACACGAUAGUUGGACUUUCUUGGACAAAAGUACAUGUUUGUUGAUUGCGUCCCAAAGCUGUGGGCCUGCGGGGGAGGGGGCGGGGGGGCUGCUCUCCUCAGAACUGCUCCGUAGGAACCGUGCUCCGUAGGACCGCAGCGGUUUGAUUUGAAGUUUUCUUUUUAAAACCAUUAAGAACUGGGGCAUGCUUUCCGCUCUCUGGUCUUCGUUUUGUUUCAGUGUUCUGAUGUUGAUUAUAAAGGUUCGGAUUCCUUUUAGCUCAUGGCCGUGAAUAUGGGCGAAGAGAGGCAUGUGAAACGCCAGAGCUUUGAUGAGGCUCUACCCAGACACAAUGGACUGAGUCACUGCUCAGCAGGGAUGAUGCUAUAAAAGGUACCACCUCCACACACACACACACACACACACACACACACACACACACACACACACACACGUCUGUCAAGGCCUGACCGUACUUUCCUCAUCUCAAGCAUGCCUGACUCACAGAUGUAGUAUUUUUAAGUCACUCCCAGUCGUUCCGAGACCCGCUUUGGCUAAACCGUAAAGGAACUGGUGCUCCGACACACCUGACUGUAAUUCCAUUGUGUUUUUAUCAACAAGGUAGGUGCAAAUGAGCUUUAAGAUUUGAUAUUCUACUGUAAAUGGACUCCUUUUUUUUAAAAACAAGUGCGAAUUUGAGGCAGUCGUGCCCCCGUGUCACGGCACCUUGGCCACAUGUCAGCAUCUGCAGGGUUCCUCCACAGUCUGGGAAGGUCUGGAUGUCAUCAGAAUAAGUGUGGAAGAAACAACAUGGAGGAUAGAAACUUUGUUACUUAUCCCAUUGUCCAAAAGUUGACUAUCCUCCUUUCCUUCCCUGUGUCCUUUGUCUCUUAUGCCCUUUUGUUCUUGUAUCCUUUUCUAAAUUUCUUUCCUUGCCUUUUAGCCAUCCUGGUAUCAUUGUUCUGUCAUUCAUUGGGAACUUUAUUCCGUGUCCAUCCCUUGUCAUUAAAGUUUUCCUUUCUUCCAACUGUCUUUCCUUCUUUCCUUACUCCUAGCCACAUUUGUUUCUUUUCUUCUGUGUCCUUUCUUCCAUUCUUGCUCCCUUCUUUGUGUCUUUCCCUUCUUCUUCCCUUUUCACUUUCUAAUUUGUCUUUGCUUCCUUUAUUUCAUGUUUCCUUCCCCUACGCCGUCUAAAACUGAAUCCUUGCUUAAUCUCUCUUGCAUUCAUUUGUUCCCACUAUGCCUCCUCUUUCAUUAUUUCCUUUUUUCUUGUGUUUUAUCCAUUUUCCUUGUGUCCUUCCAACCUUCUCUCCCUGUUUUCUUUCUUUAGUUUAUUUCCUUCUUUUCUCUAAUUCCUCUUUGUGUUCUUCCUACCCUUCUGUCCUUUUGCAUUUCUUUCCUUCUUUCUGUCCUUUUCCCUUCAUGUUCUUCAUAACUUUUCUUCUUUCUGUGUCCUUUUUUUGUCGUUCUGUCCAUCCUCCCACCCCUCCUUCUCCAUUUCUUUCCUUCUUUGUGUCAUCUUUUGGUUUCUUUCAAUUUCUCCUUCCUCACAUCCUUCAUAACCUUUUUUCUUUCCUGUGUCUUUCCUUUUUUCUUGUGUCCAUCCUUUCUACCUGUCAGUCUGUCUGUCUCUGGUAUUUGCAGGUUUCAUACAUAGACAUGUCUGCCAUAAAUUCACAGGGAAUCUUUGUAUUUAAGUUAGAAAAUUGACAACAUGGAUGUAAAGGAGACCGUUUGUCCUGCAUGGAAGGCGUGUAGGAACCCUGCGUAUGUGCGGAGGCUUUUAGUCACACGGGAUCUCUAAUUGCAGUCAUUUGGAUAUUUCCAGUAUGUUAUGUUUGCCGUACGGUUCAGUAGAUUUCUGGAAAUCUCCCAGAAAGAGAAGUAUUUUGGUUUAUGCUCAUAUCUGUGAUGUUUUAGGCUUGCCAGGGUGAGCCAUACAGUGUACUGACGCUGUCAGGUCUUAUACGAUAUCUUUAAGAAUGUUUUAAAAAAAAAAGAUUGAAAUCUUAUGUUAGCUGUAAUAAAGGAUCCACAACUGUGUUCGUAUAUGUCAUGCAAGGCCAUGAAUUUGUUUAUGUAGAUGUAUCUUUUGGGGGGAAAUAAAGUAAUUCUAAGCGUUG